GCCGGGAGGUGGCAGGGGCGAGGGCCGCAGCCAUGGCCGCCAGUGUUGCGGGUGGGGGGCGCUGGGAGGUGGUGAAGAAGGGCCGGCGGCCUGCGUCCGCCGGUGGCGGCGGCGGUCGAGGCGGCGGCGGGGACCGUCGGGCGCUCGGGGAGGCAAACGGAGUGUGGAAGUACGACCUGACCCCUGCGAUCCAGACCACAAGCACCCUGUAUGAGCGCGGCUUCGAGAAAAUCAUGAAACGGCAGAAUAAGGAGCAAGUCCCACCCCCCGCUGUGGAGCCCAAGAAGCCAGCGAGCAAGAAGCAGCCAAAGAAGGUGGCGACUGCCGCCAGCCAGAACCAGAAGCAGGGCCGCUUCCGCAGCCUGGAGGAGGCUCUGAGAGCCCUGGAUGUGGCAGCCCUGCAGAAGGAACUGGACAAGAGCCAGAGUGUGUUCUCUGGGAACCCAUCCGUAUGGUUGAAGGACCUGGCCAGCUAUCUCAACUACAAGCUCCAAGCUCCUCUAAGUGAACCCACCCUGAGCCAGCAUACUCAUGAUUAUCCCUACAGCCUGGUGAGCCGGGAGCUGCGCGGGAUCAUCCGAGGACUACUGACCAAGGCAGCGGGGUCCCUGGAGCUCUUUUUUGACCACUGUCUGUUCACCAUGCUGCAAGAAUUGGACAAGACUCCAGGGGAGUCACUACACGGCUACCGCAUCUGUAUCCAGGCCAUGUUGCAGGACAAGCCCAAGAUUGCCACUGCAAACCUGGGCAAGUUCCUGGAACUGCUGCGGUCCCACCAGAGCCGACCAGCAAAAUGUCUGACCAUCAUGUGGGCCCUGGGCCAAGCCGGCUUUGCCAACCUCACCGAGGGAUUGAAAGUGUGGCUGGGGAUCAUGCUGCCCGUGCUGGGCAUCAAGUCUCUGUCUCCCUUCGCCAUUGCGUACCUGGACCGGCUGCUCCUGAUGCAUCCUAACCUCACCAAGGGCUUCGGUAUGAUUGGCCCCAAGGACUUCUUCCCACUUCUGGACUUCGCCUACAUGCCCAACAACUCUCUGACACCCAGCCUGCAGGAGCAGCUGUGUCAGCUCUACCCCCGACUGAAGGUGCUGGCGUUCGGGGCGAAGCCGGAAUCCACCCUCCAUACCUACUUCCCCUCCUUCCUGUCCAGAGCCACCCCGAGCUGCCCACCCGAGAUGAAGAAAGAGCUCCUGAGCAGCUUGGCCGAGUGUCUGACCGUGGACCCCCUCAGCGCCAGCGUCUGGAGGCAGCUGUACCCCAAGCACCUGUCCCAGUCCAGCCUGCUGCUGGAGCACUUGCUCAGGUCCUGGGAGCGGAUUCCCAAGACGGUGCAGAAGUCUUUGCAAGAAACCAUUCAGUCCUUCAAGCUGACUAACCAGGAGCUGCUAGGGAAAGGCAGCUGUGACAACCAGGAUGUCGUCGUGUGUGACAGAGCCUGCAAGGGCCUGUUGCAGCAGGCACGGGGCCCUGGGCUGCCAUGGACACGGCUGCUGCUGCUGCUGCUGGUCUUUGCCGUCGGUUUCCUCUGCCAUGACUUCCGGUCACACAGCUCUUUCCAGGCCUCCCUCGCUGGCCAGUUGCUUCAGUCGUCUGGUUUCUUGCCUGCUGGCCACCAAGCCUGUGCCAAACUCUACUCCUACAGCCUGCAAGGCUACAGCUGGCUGGAGGAGACGCUGCCGGCCUGCGGCUCCCACCUGCUUACUGUGCUGCGGCCCAGCUUGCAGCUGGCCUGGGCACACACCAAUGCCACCGUCAGCUUCCUCUCUGCCCACUGUGCCUCCCACCUCGCCUGGCUCAGUGACGGCCUCACCAGUCUCUCCGAGAGGCUCCAGCUCUCUGCUGCCCUGCACCGGCUGCUUCAUCUCCUGAAGGAACUGCUCUUCCUGCUCUGCCAGAACGUGCUGCUGCCCUUGUGGCACCUGCUGCUUGAGGCCCUGGCCCGAGCCCAGGAGCACUGCCACGAGGCGUGCAGAGGCGAGGUGACCUGGGACUGCGUGAAGACACAGCUCAGUGAGGCUGCCCGCUGGACCUGGCUCUGCCUGCAGGACAUUACGGUGGCCUUCUUGGACUGGGCGCUCGCCAUGAUAUCCCAGCAGUAGCCACCGGUCUCUGCCCCGGGCAGGCUGUCAGAAACUGCUGGGGGGCGCACAGGGGUGGUCCUGCAUGGGGGUCUCUUGUACGUGGUGCCUGAGGGCCACCUCCCAGGCAAGGGACCAGUCGCCUCUGCCCCGGUUCUGUCUUCCGUAGGGACUGGCCCCAGCGGUGUGUCAGCCCCCUGCCCACAAUUCCACUGAACACUUCUUGGGCCUGCCGCACAGCUCGCAGCCCCCUCCUUGGGCUGGCAGCCUCCCUCAGUUCCUCUCUCGCCUCCUCUUUCCGCUUCCCUCCAUCUCGAGAUACUCCUAAAGCCCCAGCGAGGAGCGGCUCCUGCGUUUCUGACAGAUGAGGCCCAUCCCAGACCUCAGCAGCCUCCUGUUCCCGUUCUGGAGCACAUCUUGAGCCACAGAAGCAAAAGAAGGGGACCUCCCGAAGAAUCCAGAAUACGGCAUCGCAGAGGGCAAAGCUGCUUGAGCCUCUCCCUACAGCUUGGUGGUGGGCGUCAGUGGACACGGGGCUGGGGGGAAGUCACCUCUCGCCUCCACGUGCCCAGCGCAGGCCCUUCAAGGCCCCUUGCUGCUCCUGUUCUACACAUCCCUACUUCCUCCCCUCUCCAUUCCCCUUCAGGGCGAGGGCUCUGCCUCGCUGGGCUUCUCCACCGCCCACCCCACUGUCCCUGGAGAGCAGAGUGCAGGCGCUGUGUGCCUCAGACCCAGGGACCCUUCCGUCAGCCUGGGCCGUGAGACAGGGUUCAGCAGUGGCCGCUGGCUAUGCCUGCAGAUGGAAUAAAGGAGACUGACUGGA